AUGCAAGGACUUUCAUUAUAUGGCAAUCAACUCUCUGGAAUUCUUCCAUCAGUUGCAGACUUUCCAAACCUUAAAGGUCUUUACUUGUGGAGGAAUAAUUCUAGUGGGCUGUUUCCCAAUUUCAUCACCAAUGCUUCCAAGCUCUCCUGGAUAGAUAUCUCAUCUAACUCAUUCUCAGGCUUCAUUCCUAAUACAUUUGGCAAUUUAAAAAACCUUGAGAUACUAGAUUUAGGAGAUAAUUACCUCAUAUCUACUCCUGAUUUGAGCUUUAUUUCCAAUUUGACAAAUUGCAAGAGUUUAAGAGCUCUAGCAUUAGACCAAAAUCCAAUAAAUAGCGUCCUUCCAGGUUCCAUAGGGAAUCUUUCUAUUUCUUUGAAAAAAUUUUACAUAAAUGGUUGCAACAUUGGUGGCAAAAUUCCCAAAGAAAUUGGAAACUUGAAAAAAUUGCUAAAACUACAAUUACAAGAUAAUGAAUUAACUGGACCAGUUCCAGUUACCAUGGAUGGAUUGCAGAGCCUCCAAGGUUUGUAUCUUCAAAAUAAUAAAUUUGAAGUACUCAUCCCAGAUGUAUUUUGUCAUUUAAAUGUGUUGAAUGAGUUGAAUUUGAGUGGAAACAAUUUCUAUGGAGCCAUACCUGCAUGUAUUGGCAAUCUCACUACACUGAGAAUAUUGUCUUUAAGUUCAAACAGGUUAGAUCUCUUGUACUUAGAUUUGUCAUCAAAUUUUCUGGAUGGAUUUCUUCCAUUAGACAUCGAAAAUCUUAAGGUUGCCAUAGCUAUAAAUCUGUCAAGGAAUCUUUUUUCAGAAGAGAUUCCAAUUGUCAUUGGAAGCCUAGAAAAUCUGCAAUCUCUCUCCUUAGAGUACAACAAAUUAGAAGGCUCCAUUCCUGAAACAUUUGGCAACAUGAAAAGCCUGGAACUUUUAGAUUUAUCUAGAAACAACCUUUCUGGAUUGAUUCCCAAGUCUUUGGAGACACUCAUAUAUCUCAAAUAUCUAAAUUUAUCUUUCAACCAAUUAAGUGGCGAAAUUCCCAGAGGAGGGUCUUUCAAAAAUUUCUCAGCUAAGUCAUUUAUAGGGAAUCUUGCAUUGUGUGGAACUCCUUAACUACAAGUUCCACCAUGCAAAAAAAGCAAUCCUCAAAAAUUGAGGACUAAAAUGGUUUUCCUGUCGAUUCUUCUACCAACAAGCAUUGCAAUCGUUUUAGUUGUCCUAGUUCUUAUGAUCCGAAAAAAGAGAACAAGGCCACCUACCAAUGUUGACAUCUUUCCAGGAGGAACAUGGAGAAGAAUUUCUUACUUGGAACUUAUGAGGGCAACAAAUGAAUUUAGUGAGAACAAUCUACUUGGCAAAGGAAGUUAUGGUUCAGUUUACAAAGGAAGAUUAGAUGAGGGAAUGGAGAUUGCAGUAAAGGUAUUCCACUUGGAUUUUGAAAGAGCUCUUACAAGUUUUGAAGUUGAAUGUGAAGUAAUGAGAAGUCUUCGUCAUCGAAAUCUUGUCAAAAUCAUCAGCAGCUGUUCAAAUGGUGAAUAUAAAUCUUUGAUAAUGGAAUACAUGCCUAAUGGGAACCUGGGGAAAUUGUUGUUUUAUGAGAAGAUCAAUGUUUUGGACAUUUCUCAUAGAUUGAAUAUAAUGAUUGAUGUUGCUUCAGCUUUGGAAUAUCUCCAUUUUGGCUAUUCAGUCCCAAUCGUUCAUUGUGAUUUAAAGCCAAGCAAUGUCCUACUAGAUGAAAAUAUGGUUGCACAUUUGAGUGAUUUUGGCAUUUCAAAGCUCUUAGGUGAGGAAGACUCCAUGACACAAACAAAAACCCUUGCGACCAUUGGUUAUAUGGCACCAGAAUACGGAAGAGAAGGAAAAGUAUCUAGAAAAGGAGAUGUGUACAGCUAUGGUAUCAUGCUAAUGGAAACAUUUACAAAAAAGAAGCCAACAAAUGAAAUGUUUACAGAAGAAAUGAGCUUAAGGAGGUGGGUUGGUGAAUCAUUAUGCAGCACAGUGACGCAAGUAGUGGACACAAAUUUGUUUAUAAGGGAUGAUGAACAUUUCUCA